AUGCCUCAACAAAUCAAGGACAUUAAGCAAUUCCUCGAAAUUGCCCGUAGAAAGGAUGCUCAAUCCGCCCGCAUCAAGAAGAACGCUGACUCUGUCAAGUUCAAGGUCAGAUGCUCUCGCUACCUUUACACUCUUGUCGUCAAGGACAAGUCCAAGGCUGCUAAGCUCAAGCAAUCUCUCCCUCCUGCCCUUGUUGUUAACGAAAUCUAAGUGCACUUAUUCUUUUAUCCUGUGAUUGUAUGCUAAAGUAUAUGGCAUAUAAACAUUAUUCAAUAAAAAAUAAGAGGUUUUCAACUUUUA